AUGGAGAACCUUCCGCCCUCCGCGUUUGCGCCGGGCGCUUCGCAGUAUAAUACUGCCCUUGAAUCCUCAUUCCAGGACUCGUCAGUCGCAGAUAAUAACCAUCUAGCGGAUGGCGCGGUCGCUGGAGAUAGCAACUACGUUCCUCGGCCCAAGCGCAUCGCAUGCGUGGUCUGCCGUCGGAGGAAGCUCAGAUGUGAUGGGAAACGGCCAAGCUGUGGAACGUGCUCGCGCCUGGGCCAUGAUUGCGCCUACGAUGAAGUGCGCAAGAAGAGUGGUCCGAAGCGGGGAUACGUGAAGCAGCUAGAAGCGCGCCUGGCUCAAGUCGAAACCCUUCUGAAAGGCCAGGAGACUGAUCCUGCGCCGCGCACCUCCCCACCUCAGCCGAUCGAGACGUCAUUCAACGCGCCUAUCAACGAUGACUCGAUACUCGGUCUACCGGACAUUUCGGGUAUUGGAAAUGACAUUGGUGGUCAGAUGCCUCCAUCUACAGCUGGACUCGGGCCAGCACCAUCGAACCCGAUGCUGUUCCCAGGACCAACGGCUGCCCCCAACGAUCCAUCCUGGGACUUGAUCAGCUUGGGACUGGAGGAGCCUCUGCCGACCCAGGAUGUCAUUGACGAAUUGGACAACCUAUUCUUUGAGAAAAUCUAUCCGAUGAUGCCCAUCAUCCACCGUCCUCGUUACUAUGCCAGCCUGAACCUCGCUCCUCACAUGCGCCCACCCAUCUGCCUGCGGUACAUCAUGUGGUGUCAUGCAGCAUCUGUGAGCGACAAGUAUUACUUUUUGCAUCAUCAUUUCUAUCAGCGCGCCCGCAAAUAUGCGGAAAUGGAUGAGAUGAAAGGCUUCGGAGAAAAUAUAAUCAGCCUGGCUCAUUGCCAAAUGUGGAUUCUAACGGGCUCUUAUGAAUUCCGAAUGAUCUACUUCCCUCGGGCAUGGCUCAGCGUUGGCAAAGCGUCACGAUUGGCACUGAUGAUGGGUCUUCAUCGUCUGGAUGGCAAUGGGCUCGAUGUCAAACAGUCCAUCAUGCCACCCAAAGAUUGGACUGAGCGUGAAGAACGCCGGAGGACAUUUUGGAUGGCCUUCUGCACUGACCGCUAUGCUAGUAUUGGAACUGGUUGGCCUAUGGUCAUUGAUGAAAAUGAUAUUAUGACCAACCUCCCAGCCUCCGAAGAGUCAUUCCUGAAGAGCAAGCCACAGCGCACGCUUCGCCUGUCUGAUAUCAUUGCCGGUGAAGGUGUUUCUACGUUAGCUCCCUUUGCCUGCGUCUGUGUUUUAGCCAACUUGUUUGGCCGAAACCUUGUUCACAUUCAUCGACCUCAGCCGCUGGAUAAUGAUCAUGAUCUCAACGGCGAGUUUUGGAAGCGCCACAGGAGUCAUGAUAACAUCCUUCUUCACAUCGCACUGUCAUUACCCGAGCACCUUCGACUUCCAAGCGGCAUGGAUGACGUCAAUGUCAUCUUUGCCAACAUGAGUAUUCAUACAUCCACCAUCUGUCUUCACCAAGCAGCAAUAUUCAAGGCCGAGAAGAACAAGAUGCCAAACCAGAUCAUCACCGAGAGCAAACGGAGGUGCCUCGUGGCAGCCAAUCAAAUCUCGAGCAUCAUGAAGAUGGUCAGCCACAUGGACCUAUCAAGCUUAAACCCUUUCAUGUCAUUUUGCUUGUAUAUCUCAGCGCGAGUAUUUGUGCAAUACCUUAAAUCUCGCCCUGAUGACUCUACAGUCUACUCCUCCCUGCAAUUCGUCGUCUCGGCUCUGAAUGCGAUGAAAUCCAAAAAUCCACUCACAGAGUCCUUCUUGGUACAACUAGAUGUUGAUCUCGAAGGGACGGGAAUCCGGGCUAUGGAUAACUCCAAGGCUGGUUCCGGGCUCAGCCAUGUUGCCAAAGCGCUGCAGUCCUAUUGCGCUGAAAACACCGAUUGUACGCCUUUGUACACUGUUCGCCAGUCCCAAGGUAAUGGCAUCCCAACCGAAUCUCCGCAAGAUGGGUCAAAGUCGAGAACUCCUAGCCGACCUUUUGCGCCUGGCAUGACGACCUCUCUUCCCAGUCGACACAGAGAUUCACCAAUUGUCGACUCUGAACGAGGGCCAAUGGGCGGUGAAUCGCAGCAAUUCUUCCCCCAUCAUGUACGAACGACGAACGGCAUCGUUGAGGUAGCCGGAGGAGUCAUUGACGGAGAUAUGGACUUUUCGCCCGACUUUGGCCUUGGCGAGAGGAAUCCGCCUUCGGAUCAUCCCACUCCAUCAACUUUGAACUCCUCCUCCAACACGUCCUAUUCUAUGUCUGGGAUCGACAAUCCUUCGCCCGGCAAAAAGCAGCCCAACACUACCUCGACUUAUCCAUCUUCAAGCUCCGCUACAUCUGUCGAUAAAGCCCAUUCCGUUCAGAUUUCUCCUGUUACCACAGAAUCUUCUCAUAUUCUUGAUAUGGGCUCUAUCGCUGGCCAAGCAUACCCAUCUAGCUCCGCUGGUCCUAUGGGAGCUGCAGGUGCUGCUAACGUAUUCAAUCUGUCUAAUCGCUGGGAUAUGCCUACUCCAAGUCAGGAUUUGAGCAACCUUGAUUUUGAAAACGUCAACGUGGAGGCAUUCAGUGAUGCCCAGUGGGCUCAGAUCCUGAAUACUGAAAAUGGUCCCGGUUGGGAGAACUGGCGGCCAUCAUGA